CUUAAUUCAAACUUCGUCUCGCCUUUUGACAACACCAGUGCCCUCCAUUGUGUGUCCAUUGAAGACAUUAAUUAAACGUGAACAUCAAGGGACACAUAACUCUACUUAAACAUGGAUGUGGUGAUCAGACAUGAUCUCUGUGAUGACGAGAGGGACUACGUUCAGAAGAGGCUGCAGAUAGUAUGUGACUGUCUGCUCAGUCACGGCAUUGACUGUAAACCUGAUGAAGUACCUCGUGUGGCGCUAUUGGGCUCUGGUGGAGGAGAGAGGGCCUUUAUCUCCAUUCUGAGUGUCCUGCGUCAACUGGGGGAGGACAACCUCCUGGACUGCUUCCUCUACCUGGCUGGGGUGUCUGGAUCCACAUGGGCCAUGUCUUCACUGUAUGCCGAACCCCAUUGGUCGGAAAACGCGGUGGACACAACCAGCAAAGUUCUGAGGAGCCUAUCCAAGGGGGAGGGUGUGACUUUUUCCGACGGUGUGCAGUGGCUCAUGGGGAGACAUAAAGAAGGGGAUCUGUCCCUCUCUGAUGCCUGGGGAGUAAUAACUUGUGGCAUCAAAGGUGUAUCGCUGGAGACAAGGACAUUUUCAGAUGAAGCAUCCAGAGACCAAGACGGAGCCGAUCCAUACCCACUCUACAGUGCUAUGGAGCGGACAUACUUUGACGAGAAGGAAAUGGAAGAGUUGUGGUUCGAGUUUAGUCCUCACGAGGCUGGGUUCACGGAACAUGGGGCUUUUGUCAAGACGUCCCUGCUGAAACAGGAGUUCGAGGGAGGACGUGUGAAAUACAGCCCAAAUAGGAAGCCAAUGGACAUGGUUCAACUGCAAGGGAUAACUGGAUGUGUUUUUGGAGAUGUGAAGGAAAUUGAGCAACACAUCUUGGAUUGGAUCAAAUCACAUUUGCCAUGGUCACAAGAUCAAGCAGCCCCACUCACAGGUGUGCUUCAGAUUGUGAUGGCACUGGUUGAAUUGGUGGAAUAUAAGCAUGACAUGGAUUAUUGCCACACAGCGUUGGUCAGGUUGAAAUCAAAUCUCGGCGCGGUCUGUGGGAAAUUGAGCCCCACACUCCAUGAUCUGGAUUAUGAGACGUGGACAGGCAUGGAAGACCGGAAGAGAAAACAGCACGUGAAGAAUGUCUUUGGAGAACUCAUAGCAUCAGCAGAUGAGUGGGGCCAGGAGUGGAAGGAUCUUAAUAACAAACUAACUGAUGCGUUGUGGGUUAUUAAACACAUCUUGCCAUUAGUCUAUGAGUGGGAGGUUGGAAAUGUUCCCAGUUUUCUCUACCAUUUCAACGACCCCAGGGUUCCUGAGGAAAUGUGCAAGAGGCACACGCUGCACCUGAUAGACGCAGGCCUCUUCCUGAACUCUCCGUACCCCUCCGUCCUGAGAGAGGCCAGGGAGGUGGACAUCAUAGUGUCCUUUGACUUCACUGAGAAAGAGCCUUUUAAGACAUUAGAGGGAGCCAAGGAUUACGCUGAUGCCAACCACAUACCUUUUCCCAAAAUAGACGUCAACGAACAUGAACGCGUCUGUCCAAAGUCCUUCUAUGUUUUUGAGGAAGAGGGGAAGCCAACGGUGAUCCACAUCCCCCUCUUCAAUGUUAAGAAUUGCAAAGUUACCUCUCCAGAUGAGGCCACCAUCAAACAAGAAUGGGAUGAAUACGACACCUUUCGGUGGACUUACAGGGACAAAGAGAAGAUCGGCCACCUGGUAGACCUGGCUGCAGCAAAUGUGAACAGAGAUGACAUCCUGAAAGAGAUCCGAAAAGCAGCAGAGAGACGCAAGGCCAAACACUGAGAGAACACACACACACACACACACACACACACACACACAGACAGACACACACAGAGGGAAAUCUUGGUGGGCUAACAUAGUGGGUCUGGUCAAUCGAAAAAGGCGGUCUGGUCAAUCGAUUAUGUCAGUGUUUAUUUUCUGGCUUUUGUCACGACCCUGUCAUGGUCAGACCUGCACCCCGCCCAUUCUUCUAUUAUUAUUCUGUUUGUGUCAUUGUUCCAGCAGGGGGCGGUAGACAUGUCUGCGCACAGGUGUGAGAGAUUUGGGCCUGAUGUGGGCCAGUGGAUAAAAUGGCCACUUCCCAUGAUGCGGGCGGACUCCCUCUCCUCUCGACCGUCGUUCUAUUAUGUUAUAGUUUGAGUCUGUUGAUACAUUGUACUUAUAAUACCCCUAGACACUUAUGCACUACAUCUUACUUUUUAUAGCUUCAUCAUACUGACUUUCUAUUAUUACUUAAUAAAUAUAAUUUAUUGUUACCUUUGCUUGGAACUCCCUUUAUGUUACCCAUGCUUGAGCCAGCGUGUGUGACACUUUGAGUGAACAAUAUACAAUUGAAAGUUGUGAAGUUUCAAUUAAUUCCGGGGGCAUUCCAGAGCAACGUUGCAAUGACAUGCACGGCCUGUAUAUUGUGUUUCAUUAUUCAUUAAUUAUAGUGGAUGGAAUCCUUUGUCUUGAAAUCCCCUGUCUUCUUAUUAUUAUAGAAAAUUCUUCUUACCUUUUCAAAAAUGAAUGUGGCUCACCUGUGAAUCCAACUUUCUCAGCUUCUAACCAUACAAUCUGGCUCUCCCUGAACUACACAUCUUGUU